GUAGAAACGUUUUCUUCUCGGUUGACGAUGCUCGAUGGGACGGAGCUUGUGAUUCCGUGCAAAAUCGAGGAUGACUUCCAUGUUGCUACACCGGAGAUCCUGAAGCUAGUAUCGUCCCCAGAGGACCGUAGAAAGCUGCUUUGGUAUCAAGCGUACAUGGAUUGGAAAUAUUGCUUGACGCCGGAUGAUGAUGAUAAUUUACCGAUCCACUUGGCAGUCCUGAAUGAUGAUGUCCACCUCCUGAAAAGGCAGUGCCUGGUCCUGAAGACGAGGAAGGAAUCGGUAGACGUGACCAAUGGAGACAAUAUGACCGCUCUCCAGCUGUCCAUCUUGGCCAAGUCUCCAGCCUGCACAGCACUACUGGCCCAGCUGAACGCCAACCCGCUGGUGACCGACGAGGAAUACCGCUCCUGCUUCCACCUGGCGGCCGAGGCCGGCGGGGAGUACCUGGAGCCGCUCGUCAGGAGGUGCCGGGAGGACCCGCUAACCAUCCUACGAAACAACGAGGAGCUUUGGAAACCUGAAGUAGCUGCGAAGACCAAGGACUUCCAGGUCAAGCAUCUACUCCACAAAGUCUGCACCAUGUUCGACAGCCAAGGCUACACUCCUCUUAUGCUAGCCAGCAAACUGGGCAAGCACGACUCGGUACAAGCCCUGGUGUCCGCAGCACCAGCGUCUAUAGACUACCGGUCCACCAGCAGCGGGGAAACUGCCUUCUACCUUGCUGUGAGCGCCGCUUGCACUGAUAGCGCCCAACGCGGCAACAAAUCAAAAGUGUUCGACGACUUCAAACAGACCAUAAUCCACUUAGUCGAGGCCGGAGCUGAUCCGAACAUAGACAAUUACUCCGGAAACGACAUCAGCACUCUUCUAGCGGACUUCAGCAAUAGUGAUUUGUCUAUGAUUAUUGCUAGCAAACGCACCGCCAUAAACUGCAAAGAAUUCGAUGAUAAACUAAAAGAACCAGCCAUGCUAGUGAAAGAAAGAGACGGCACGAUAAUGAAUUUAAAAGAGAAAUUGAAGAAGACGAAAGAAAUAAACAGAAUCAAAGGAGAACUGAAGAAAGAAAGCAAAGGUAAGGGUAGAAGAGCUAAGCCUGUUAUUAUUGAAAACAAAGUUAUUUCUAAACCUAAAGCGUCUAACGAAUAUAUAAAUACGUAUAAAAAUUUCGUUCAUGAUUUGAAAAAUCCGAUGUUAGUGCCGAAGACAAAUCAGAGAAAACUAAUCAAAUAUGAUUAUUCGGAUUCUAAACCUAGUACUUCUAAAACUGCUCCGUUAACAGCUAAAUCAAUUGUUAUUAGUCCAUCUAAAAGUAAAGAACCUAACUUGAGUUUAAAGGUCGAAAAAGAAUCGACUAAAGACCCACUAAAUAUUGACACAAAUAUAAAAAAAGAAGUAGACGCGAUUAAAAGCGAAGAAAAUCAGAAUAAUUCUACCGCAAAAGCGGAAAAAAGAAAAAUUAUUAUACAAUCUGAUAUACCAAUUGGACCCAUAACUAAAGUUGUUAAAAGUUCUCCUACGUUAAAUAGAUAAUACUUUGUUUUUGAACCUCAAACUCUAUGCUUCAACCAGACCAACGCGUGACAGGUCGCGCGACUCAUGACUAGUGUUGAAAAUGAUAAAGCGGCUGAAUUUGACUGACCGUCAUUUACGGUCAUAUUGGUCAAAAACAAGUCAUAAACUGUCAAAAACGGUCAAUUUCGGUCAAUUUGAUUUCAGUAAUAGUUUAGUACUUUUUGAAGUUUUUAUUAUAUUUUGUGAUUGAUAAAAAUACAACAUCCUAAUUGAAAUAAAAAAAGUGGUUUGUAAUGAUUUAUUAUAGUUAAACAUUUUUACAGUGAGUCUACAACUUCUAAAUUGAAACAUUGUCUUUUGUAAUGAUUUAUUGUGCUCUCUUCCGCUAAUAUGUGUCCCGCUCACGUCCAUUAUAGUCGAAUGACAAUGUCGCAUCGCCGCGCACGUCAACCUUGAUGACGUCUUAUUCUCUCUUAGGGGGCGUCCAUAAAUUACGUGAGACAAUUUUGGCCAUUUUUCAACCCCCCCGCCCCCCUUGGUGAGAUUUGGUGAGAUUUUGCCUGACCCCCUCCCCCACCCCCCUAAUCUCACGUGAUAUUUAAUAAAAUGCCUAUUUUGCAAUGUCUAUACUUCGAGUCUAUUACAUUUAUAUGAAAUAAUUAACUUUUUAAAAAAAUAAAACCGACUUCAAAUGCGUGAACACAAAAAAAAAACUAAAAAUUAAAAAUAUUGCGUAUAAAAAAGUUCAUCCCCAAUUUUCCACCCUUGGGGGUGAAAUAUUUUCUUCAAAUUCGCAUGAAACCACCCUUUUGAUAAUACCUAUUCAACAAAAAAAUAAUCGUUCAAAUUGAUUUAUAAUCGGCGGAGAUAUUGCGUAUAAAAAAGUUCAUCCCCAAUUUUCCACCCUUGGGGGUUGUUUUUUCUAUUAUUAAAUUUAAAUGGGACCACCCUUGAGGUAUUACCUAUACGCCGAAAAAAGAUUUGUUCAAAUCGGUUCAUAAUUGGCGGAGUUAUCGCGUAACAAACAUAGAAAAAAAAAAAAAAAACAUACGGGUCGAAUUGAGAACCUCCUCCUUUUUUGAAGUCGGUUGAAAAUCAGUAACCCAAUGUCGUGCCACGCGCAGUGCAGGGUUCCGUAGCUUCCCGUCGUUUAGUAAGACAAGCAAUUGCUUCAACCUAGGACCAGUUUUUUGAUUCAUAGUUAAAAUAACUAAUUGUUAAAUUUUGCUACUAAUGGUUAAAUAUUAAUAAAAUGUAAACUAAUAGUUAAAAAAUGUACUAAAAGUCAAGUUAAAAAUUGUUAAAAAAAAAAUUUUCUGUUAUUUAACCACUUGUCAUUUGACAUCUGUCAAAUUUGACUAUUGGUUACUUUAACUACAAAUACAUAAUAUUUUCAUACGUAUGUAAUGUCAUUUUUUAGGGUUCCGUAGUCCUGAACCCUUAUAGUUUCGACAUGUCUGUCUGUCUGUCCGAGGUUUCGCUUGGAAACUAUUGGUACUGGGGAGCUGUAAUUUUGUGAAGGUAUUUAUAUUAAUCACGCCGACAAAACGGUAAAAUAAAAUGUUCAUUAAAAAAUCUAGGGUAGCUCCCCUGCAUGUAAAGUGGGGAUGAAUUUUUUCAAGGAAAACUAUAACGGUUAAGAUACAUUACUUAGUUUAAGAGUAAUAGUCAUUUGACUCAUGUAUUAUACAAUUUCUUAAGCAGUAAAAAUUCCUUAGAAGAAAAUAUGAAAAGUGACUUUAGAUGAAGUAAUUGUGGUAACGACAGACAACUACGGAACCCAACACUGCGCGUGGCACGACACGCACUUGGCCAAUUUUUUACGCAAUAGCGAUGCCGAUGACGUUUUUUUUUUAAUUUCGAAUUUUCUUAAUUUCGACAUUUAUUCUGCAUCUUUAGUGUUCACAAAUGCAGAUGGAGGCAUUUUUAGUUUAAUUUGAUUAGACGGUUUAGAAUAAAUUGUCAUUAUCAUAAAAAAAAUUUUUUUUUUUACUUCAAUAACCCAGUUUUCUGGCAAUUUUACUCUAUUUCUUGCGGGAAAAAUUACGUGAUAUUUUCCGAGACCCCCCCUCUCCCCCACGUGAGAUUUAGUGAGGUUUUCGUUGACCCCCUCCCCCCCUAAAAGCCUCACGUAAUUUAUGGACGCCCCCUUAUUGCAAUACAAAAUAACGUUCCUUCAUUUAAAUUGCAUAUAAAUUGGGUACCUAAAUAAAUAAAUUAUUCGGUGGUAGUACAGUAAUAUUGAGUCAAAUUGACUGAAUUUGACCAUUUUUGACCGGUCAUUUAUGGUAUUUGACCAUCGUGACCGGUCAGAUUCGGUCAAUUUACAUCUCUACUCAUGACAGUCCGUGCGACCUGUCAUUGACCUAUGAUCGCGCCGGCGAUGGCGAUCUGCACGCGUUGGUGUGGUUGAAGCUUAAUUUCGAUAUUUUCAUUAAAUAGCUGGAUCUGUUUUUAAUAUGACCUUGCCACCAUUGUAUCCUUAAUGUCAAAAAUCUGUCAAACUUAUAAAAAAAACACCGGUUAAGGUUAGUAAGGCUGUGUAAUUCAGCCUUAGGCCGUUUGUAGACAUCCGUUUUUUCACCGGACGACGGACCGUCUAAAAACGGAUAUCCUUUGCUGUCAAUUUUCUCGCCGGACAUUUGUCCGAUGAAUGUGCACACGUUCAUUAUAAACCAUACACCACCGCAAAUAGGCGAAAAAAUCGAGCCGCAGUCCGGUGAAAACAAAACGGAUGUUUACAAGCGGCCUUAUUCUGUGGACUUUAAAUGUCAACUUGUGACGUCAGUUUGACGUCUAUUUAAAUUGUGAACGAGUUUUCAAAUGAAUGGUUUGAUCAAAAUGCCUGAUACUUAAAAUAUCAGUGGGAUAGUAAAAAAUACUUAAAAUAUACAUAGGUAACUACGCUUAGGGACUUUACCACCCAGACCCUAGCAUAGUUCGUUUAAAAUAAGUAGGCAAUUAAAAGAAUAUAACUAUCUACAAUACGUAGGUACUUACAAAGAAAAAAAAAGUCAAAUGUUUUCAAUGUCAUGUAUACGACUGUGUUCCCAUAGGCGAAUAUACAUAGGACUAUCGAUAGUAUCGACGAUUAGACUCCUUAAAAUCGAUUUAUUCGUGUAGGCAAGUGGUACUUUUUGAUCGAUUCGAAAAUCGAAUCCGUUCACGGAGCUAUGAUAAAAACAUCUUAGGGCCAGAACAGACGGUGAAACGCAACUGCAACGAAACUGCAACUGAUAGUUACUUUUGAGUUGCAUCUAAGUUUCUGCCAUAGCGUCCGUUGAGAGACCACACAUGACGCGACCAGUUUGAAACUUUCAGUUUCAGUUUCAUUCAUCAGAAUCAUCAGAAAGUUGCAGUUUCGUUGCAGUUGCGUUUCACCGUCUGUUCUGGGCCUUAGUGUAACUCCAUACAAACAAAUGCUGGAGCUAAGAUCUUUCGACAGUAAAACUGUCACGUUAGUCCAGUCAUUAUAGUAAGUUCACCUCGGAAUUCGAGAUACCCAGCUGUAAGUCUGUAAAUACGUGUAUAUUGACACCCUAAAAGUUGUCUCAAAACCUACAUAUGGUAGGGUGUAAGCAACUAUUUCAAGGUCAACGGUCACAAAAAUCGGUUUUUUGCGCUUUUUUUAGAAAUAUCUCAUUUCCUGUGGGUUUUUUGCUAUUUGUAUUUAUUAUCAAUAUUGUAGAAUACUAAAUUCUCUACAAAUUUUGUUUCAAAACUUUUUUUAU